AGUUCAUCACACACCUGCUGCACACACCCAGAGUCCUGGAGGUCAGACGUGUGGGCCACAUGCUGCAAUAUGUUUAGAGAUCGAUGCCGUUUUUCUGGUGCUUACUUGGAAAGGUGUCCAUAUGCCCAGGAAAACCCUCUGUCUCUCUCUCUCUUUCUCCUCCAGUGGUACAGUCCGGCUUUAUCAAUUCUCAGGAAUGAGGAAUUUGUAGAGCCAUUCAUGUCCCUGCUGCUCGUCCUCUCUCACAUGGACUUCCAACUGGACCUGGAGAAUUGCAGUUUUCUGGAUGAGAGCUGUCUCCCACCGGUGUGUGAAAUAUACGAAGUAGUGCCCUGUCGGGAAGUCGGCAUGGUGCUGAGGUAUCUCAGCGGGCGUGUCUUUGUCCUCCACCUGACGCCCGGCAGUCAGGCUCACGUCGACCAGGUCGUUUCUCCCGGUGACAUCAUUGAUGAGAUCAACGGGACCUCGCUGAGGAAUUCCAAGUGUGGACAGGCAGGUGUGGUUCUGUCCCGGCUGAGGAGCUGCCCCCUCACCAUCCGUAUCCUGCGAUGGAGGGCUCAUGAUGGGACAGUGUACCGGCCCCUCGUCAAACUCCUGCGGGCCCUGAGGAUGGAAAACCCCAUGCUGCAGCUGGACAGCACUCCUACCCCACAGCCGGCCCCCCAGGAGCAGAACCCCCCCCCAACACAUUGUCUCAAAGAGGGAAGGAUUGUAUACAUUCUGCAGUUCUUGGGAAAAGCAAAUAUUGGAACGUUUGGAGGCAAAGAGGUGCUGCAGCAUGCAAUUGCACAAGUGUUGCAGAAAAACAUGGCCAGCCAGGAGGUGCUCCUGGAUAUGAAGGAAACCCACUUGACAUGCACCGAGAGUAACAGCAAACUGGAGCUGUUUGAGCAUCAAUAUCCGGAGAUUUCAUGUGUCGGGAGAUACGGUCGACCAGACUACACAAUAUUUGCCUUCUGUGUGGCAGACUCCCCAGAAACCCCUCAGUCAUCAGGCUUCUACUGUGUGGCGCUCAGAGCCAGCUCCAUCAAGCAGUGUGAAGAGAUUGUCUGCCGUAUAGCUACUGGCUUCAAGCACACAGAGUGGUUUGUAUGACAACUGGAGCGAAAUCCAUUUCCACAUUCUAUUGUAAAUAAAUGUAUAUAAAAAAGUGUACACGUCUGGAAGACACAUUUAAAUUGACUACAGCACACGGGGCUUUCUACUCAUAAAGACCUUUAAUAGAAAGACAUGUGACAUUUUCAUAAAUAGUAUUAAAUGUAGCUGCCAAGAUUUUAUGUUGGAAAACACGUAAAAAGCAGUCCAGAAAAAUACAGAGGGGUCUGCCAUGCUCCUGGUCAAAGAGCGCAGGGCAUCGACUGGUGGUCAACACCCCGGCACUGCAAGGAGACCUGUAGAGCAAGACGUGCUGGCAUUUUGUUGGAAAUGGUAGAUGGGUAAAGACACCCUGGACCCCCAUGGAAGAUGUGAAGAAAUCACCUUUGCUUUAAAAAGAACCUUAUCCUCAGAAGGAGCCUGUUACCCACACAGAACCGGGAGGAGGGGGAUGAGUUAUAUGGUGGCUAUGACAUGUAAUGACAACCCAUGAUGGUAAACAUAGAUAUUCCUACUGCACAACACUUCCAACUACCCAAAGUGUAAUCAGGCUUGUGGAAUGGUCAAUGUAUUGUCUCAAAUCUAAAAUACGAUACAAAAUUCAAAAAGAAA